AUGACACGAGACGCCGGAGUCGCGGCUCUGGGAGGCAACAAGGUCACCUACCUCGACACACACCGAAGACUGGGCGGCGGGGUUGAGGGCGCCCAGCUAGUCGUCAAUGGAUCUGUUGUAAAGAGAGAGAAUAACAUAACAGCAGUUGAAGACGAUUUCCUGUUUAAGGAACCCGGGCGACCGGUGUACACAACUCAUCUUACGUACUUCAAUAUGCCGGAUUCCAGUCUAUGA